AUGUUGAACGGCUUGUCCAGAACUCGACCAUGGAGCAUCACACGCCGACCGAUCCGUCUCACAGCCCUCCCCUUCACCCCCAGCCCCACACCCCCGCAUGCCCAAAUGAUGUCCAGCCAGCCCUUCAUGGGACCCCGUUAUCCUGCUGGUCCUCGACCUGGUGUUCGGAUGCCACAGAUCGGGAACGAAUUCAAUGGGCCACCUGGUCAGCCCAUGAUUCCAAACAGCAUGGAUCCAACGAGACAAGGACCUCCAGGAAUGAGCCCCAUGAAUCCCCGUAUGAACCCACCUCGAGGUCCAGCAAUGGGUCCCAUGGGCCCGGGUUCAUAUGGACCAGGUAUGAGGGGGCCACCACCUAAUAGCACAUUAGGUCCUGGUGGACCUGGAGGACCAGGAGGCCCUGGAGGCCCCGGAAAUUAUGGUGGUCCACCUGGAUCUACAGGCCCUCCAGGUCCUGGAACACCAAUCAUGCCUAGCCCACAAGACUCCUCCAAUUCUGGUGGUGAGAACAUGUACACAAUGAUGAAGUCAGUGCCAGGUGGAAACAUGCCUGGGGACUUCCCUAUGGCUGGGGGACCUGAAGGUGGACCCAUGGGCCCCAUGGGACCGAGCACCAUGGGACCUGUAAUGAACGGAGACGGACUGGAUGGAAUGAAGAACUCCCCUGCCAACGGCGGGCCUGGCACCCCACGGGAAGACAGCGGGAGUGGGAUGGGCGACUACAACUUGGGGGGCUUUGGGGGACCUGGGGAAAAUGACCAAACUGAAUCAGCCGCCAUUCUGAAAAUUAAGGAAAGCAUGCAGGAAGAAGCCAAGAGGUUCGAAAAAGACUCCGACCAUCCGGAUUAUUUCAUGCAAUAACACCCCGUCCCAGGCCCAUCUCCUUCACCCUCCAGGUUCCUCCCUGUCCAAAGUCCUCCACCAAGCCCCUCCCCAUGCCCCCUUCCUCUGCUCAGGCAGUCCCCCCCCUCCCCUGUCGCGGGACCUGGUAUCAAAAAGAGAAUCAGAUUGUAAAAUCAGAUUGCUGUCAGUGAGUGAGUGGCCAGGCGCAUCUGUGGUACUCUGUGGGGGACGUUGGAGUCACCACAGAUCACAGAAAAAUUUAUAGGAAAUUCAUUUGAUGCUUCUUGGUCAUAUCGCCAAUUUUGAACAAUUUUACUUGCAUUCACUGAACAUUUCCGGUUUACACCUGGUCAGGUUGGAAUACACUUGUACAUGUUCCUAUAUUGUGUGUGAGGAGACUAGCAAUCUGAUUCCUUGAGAUGUUUGCAAAGUGUGAGUGACAAAUGCAAGGUGAAGUGUUGCAGUGACUGACUAGCAGUGCUAUCUAUCUCACUCAGUUCAGAUGCGUGUGGUGUGCUGAGCUGUGCUAGGUGGACGUGCAAACAGUACUCAUUACUGUUAUCCAGUACAUGAAGCAACAAAGGAGCUUACUUGUCUGUAUAAAAUUCAGAGUAGCAGUAGCUCCAAUUUUCCCCUUCCUCCUGUCUCCCCGUUGUCCCCACCUCUCACAAUUUGAAGUAGCUCCCAAGACUUGAACCCAACUUUCUCUCACAUGGGGUUCAGUAAAUUUGCAUCAGAUUUUAUAUAAUUUAUAUUAAAAGUGAAAUGUUCUAUUUAAAAACUGAUAUUUCUGUCAGAUGAGAACUGUGUCAUUCUCUUGAAGUUUUAGGCUUAUUUAAACAUCCAUGUUCUGAAACUGUUGUGUACAUUUUGUGCCACUUGUCUGUGUCUCUUUUGGUGUAAUAUUGCCCUGUCCAUCUUUUGUCCCCCUGCUGCCUGAUACAUUAUCUUAGUUUAGGAAAUAUUUCUAGCUUUCUCUUUCCAAGUUAAAUGGAGGGGGAAGUUCCCAAUUUUCAGAUGAAACAGUCUUCUAAUGGCUGUGACAUUUCUGAAUAGAUUUUCUGCUUGCUGCCACAAGGGGGGGUUGAACUGUUAAAUGUCAUUUUGCCUAAGCAUUUUGCCAGUUGGCAAGGUCUUGCUGCCAGUUUAAUUUAUUUAAUGCAAAGGUGCACUGCAAGUAGUACCAUUAUAUUUAUGUGAUGUUUAAAUUAUUUUUGAUACUUAUGGGUGAAUGAAAGCAUUUUUUCCGUGAUUUAAACAUUAUACAACUCUUUUGUCCUAAAAGGAAUUUCUUAUGUUCAAACAAAUCAGUAUUAAGUUCAUGGAUUAUGGGUGUAGAAGGGUUCAUUCAAAGCAUUGUUCCCCCUGUUCAUUGAAUCUCGUUACUUGAAAAUGAGAGGAGAGUUUUUAUUGUUAGUGCAACGAGACUUUGUGCACUACUUCUAUUAUUUUGUGUUCAUAUUCAUCUUAAAUGAAGGGAAAAUCAAUGGGGAGUUUCCCACCCAGGUUACCGCAAGAAUUCCCUCAGACAAGGGAGGAUGAGAAUGCUACCGCCGUGGAUAUUGUUUAAUUCAAUCAGGAGAACAACUCUCUGACCUUUUCUUCAAUAGUAUAAAUAUAUGCAAAAAAUAUAUAUAUAUAUAUAUUAUAGUUGAACUUGUUUUCCAGUGAGUAGAUAAUUCUGUCUUGCCACCUCAACCAUUGCGUAGCAUUUACCAUGAUCAGCCAGCAUGGUUGUGCGAAUGUACAUAACCUUUGGAUGUAAAUUGUUUUCCAGACUUAUGUGUUUGGAAUAGGUCAGGUUUGUCCGCUCUUGGAGCCUGAUCUUGUAAAUAUCUUUUAUUUCUGUGUAGAAGGAGGCGAAGCAGCCCCGAGUUCAGCCCUUCUCCUUCAAUUUAAAAAACCUGGGGUUGCUUUGCUUUAUUUGAGAGGGAAUUUGUGUUCUGUACAGUCUCAGAGCAGACGAUUUGGUCUCGUAGGAAUAGUUUGUUGGAGCUCCAAUGUUUUGGUCUUGCCAUAUCAAUUCAACAUUUAAAAAAAGAAACAUUUUCACAUUGUGUGCCCUGUACGCUCGACCGUGAUCUGCAUACAGCUUCGUCUGUCCCACAGCCCAUUUUUUCUGCACUGGGAGCCACGAUCAUGAAGGAAGUCUUUGCUCAAUAUUUCUUUCAUUCUGUCUUUAAUUUUUUCUUGGUGUAUUUGAGAGAAUGUCAACAGCCUGAAGUACUAACAUGUGUUUCCAUGACAGUGUAAUAUCAGUGUAAUUUUAUUAUAUAACUGUUCAAAGAAAACUAUCCCCACUAAAGUAUAAACAUUAAAUAAAAGGGAAUGAAUGUUUUAAAAUUCCAUAUCUACUUGUAUAAUGUACCUCAGGCUGUUGAUGUUCCAUGUAUGUUCUGUUUAGUUUAAAUCUUCACAGGAAACUUCCUUAUCUUUUCUUUUGUUUAUUGUUGAUGUUGUUGUUGUUGUUGUUAACUUUUCUUAGCGUGUGGUAGAUUUGUAAAUCCAAAGGAUCACUCAGCAAAUCAACUGCAGAGUUGAAAAUUCAUAACUACUGUCAUCCCCAUGUAAUUAAAAGAAAAUUCAUCACAUCUGCCUAAAUAUCAUUGAGUUCCAUUUAAUUAUUUUUGUACAUUGCAAAGGAAUUCCUUUAGCUCUAAACCUGUGGUCACAUUUGCAUUUUUAUUUGCUCUUCUUGGUGCUUGCAAUGCUGCACUCUCCUUCGCUGCAGAAGGCUGUGAGGUAGCCAGCAGCCGUGAUCUCCUAUCAUUGUGACUGAUAAGGCAUCAUUUCACUGAUCCAUCAUAGAAAAACCAAAAAUCAUUUGAUAAGACAAUGACUUUUUCCUCUACAAUUAUUGUAACACUUUUGUCAAACAUGGACGGCAUUUCUUUACUUAAUUUUUCCUAUGUCAAGUCUCCAUAAAGAAUGAAAACCAUUUGGCAUCUCUUCCUAUUUUGUUGGUGGAGUAGACCUAGACUAACAAUUGUGUAAGUACCGUAGUCACAUAGAAGAGUAUUAUUAUAAUUAUGUGUAGCAAUUUUGAGUAAAAACAAGGCUGGAGCAAAAUGACUGUUUAUUUUCCUUCUACUCUUGCUCACUGUAGUGUUCAUGACACAUAUAGGAACAUUUUCAGUCCUGCCUUCCUUUUCCUUUUCUCCCAAUCCUGGUCUCAUCAGUCCUUGAAAACGCUGUUCAGUAAAUAUACCCCAAAAGAUGUGCAAAUUUUACACAAUAAAUCUAUUCACUUUGCUGGGAUCACAGUGCUAUAAAGUCCAAACAAGUCAAAAUGUAGAAGACAGCACUUGCAAGCUUUUAUUUAAAGUUAUUAUUUUGCUCAUGUAUUACAGGUAUACAGUUGCU